AAUUUUAUUUAUUAUAUUUCCAGAUGGAAAUAUUAAAAGGAAAGCAAAAUGGAUCUCUAUUGUAUGUUUACAAGAAUUAUACUUAUUGUAAGGACAAUAGGUAUAAUUAUAUUUAUCGGUGUUCAAAACGCAAAACUGAGAAAUGUUCUGCAGUAUUACUAAAAGAAGGAGAAUCUUAUAAUUUAAAAAAUAGACAUAAUCAUUCUGAAGAAAGACACAUUGUUGAAAUUCGGACAAUGAAAAAAGAAAUGCUUCGGUUGUGUGAAGAAACAACAAAAUCUUCUAAACAUAUUUUUGAUACAAUUUCUUGCAACAAUUUGAGAGUUGCGCCAUAUAUUUCAUACAAUAGUAUGAAGUCCAUUCUCAGUCGUCACAGAGCUAAAUCACGUCCAAAUAUUCCUGCUGAUUUACAUUCUUUGCACAUGCAAUUAGAAACGUAUAUACCUACAAGUAAUAUUUAUAAAGGUUAUGCAAUAUCUUCUGAUAACAAAAUAGCGCUUAUUUUUAGUAAUGAUGCGUUAUUAAAUGUCCUAUCUGAAGCAUGUGAAAUUUUUGUGGACGGCACAUUUGCGAUUGUGCCAAAGAAACCUAGCAUUGCCCAGUUGUAUACCAUACAUAUUCGCUACAUAGAUACAGGAAUAGCAACAGUUUUUGUACUAUGUGAGGCACGUUCUGCCUCUCUCUAUAAAGCAAUGUGGGAGAAAAUUGUUUUACUUGCACCUGGUCUGAAUAAAAAUCUAAAAUUUAUCAUGGCAGAUUAUGAGAAAGCAGCGAUAUCAGCAAUGAGUGAGCGAUUCCCAACAGUUGCUAUCCAUGGUUGCUGGUUUCAUUAUUCACAGGCUCUUGUUAGAAAAUGGCGACACUUAGGUUUGGAUGAUGCACCUAAUGAAUUAUUGUCUAUGGCAAAAACAAUGGCUUUGGCGCCGAGUGAUUUGUUUGAAGAGUCAUUAAACAUUAUGCAAACAUUUUCUAGUAAUUUAAUAGAUGAAUACCCAGCAAUUGUUGAUUUCAUGCAAUAUGUUACAAAUACAUGGUUACCAAUUGCCUCUAAAGUAUCAGUAUACGGAUGUCCAAACCGUACAAACAAUUUGGUCGAAAGUUUUUAUGGUAGUAUUACCAAAAAGCUAGGACCCACUUCUCCAAAUCUGUGGAAAUUUUUAGAUGGAGUCAGCAAUCUUAUAAUUAAUGAGACGCUAAAUUAUGAACGUCUUCAGCUUGGUCACUCCUUAAAACGAUUACAAACAAAAUUUCAUUCUUAUAAAAACAGAAAAAUUGAACAAGCACAGAUAAACUUAGUUACUGGAAGAAUGUCAUUGCAGCAAUUCUUACAGAUAUUUGUACGAACUGAAUGUGAAAACAAAAUAUCUGAAGAAUAUGCGGAAGAAGAUUGCUCUUAUUCCAAUAAUAUAGUAACAGAGAGAGUUAGAGAAUAUGCAGAAGAUGACUGCGCGCCUGCCAACAAUUUAGUAAUAAGGAGAAAUGAAGAAUGUGAAGACGAUUGCAUUUAUGUUGAUAAUUUAUUAAUAGAAACAAUUAUCCAAGAGCCAAUAAUAACAACAAAUAGAGCGACAGAAAAAGAAGGAGUUAACAAUCAUGUCUCUAUUAAAAACAUGAAGGAAGUAAAAAUUUCUCUUUCAAGACUUGACGAUACUACACUUCAAAAGAAGAAAAGGAUUCCUUUAAAAGACAAGAUGUAUGCAUCUAAUUUGUAA